UGGAGGCGCAGAUGCGAGUGUCUCGCUCUCGCCCCCUGCUGCUAGUCUUCUUCCUCCUGUGCUUCUUCUCCUGUCGCCUCCCCGCAGACGCGACGCUGGUCCAAAGCCUUCCAGGCUUCGACGGCGCGCUUCCAUUCCACCUCGAGACAGGGUACGUGACCGUGGAUGAGGAGAACGGCGCGGAGUUGUUCUACUACUUCAUUGAGUCGGAGGGCGACCCACGACGCGACCCCGUCCUGCUCUGGCUCACCGGCGGCGACCGCUGCUCCGCGCUCAGUGCACUCAUGUUCGAGAUAGGACCGUUGAAGCUCGUCAUCGAACCCUACGACGGGACUCUACCACGACUGCAGUACCAUCCCCACUCCUGGACCAAGGCUGCGAGUAUUGUGUUUGUUGAUUCGCCAGUCGGUGCCGGGUUUUCCUUCUCCCGGAACCCCAAGGGCUAUGAUGUUGGAGAUGUGUCUUCUUCGAUGCAGCUGAAAACGUUUCUUACCAAGUGGUUGACGGAGCAUCCAGGUUACGUCCCAAAUCCUCUAUAUGUGGGGGGAGACUCGCGCGCGGGGAUAUUCGCUCCACUCCUCGCGCAGAUGAUCUCAGAAGACAUUGAAGCUGGAAUGAUGCCAACCGUAAAUCUCAAGGGCUAUCUGGUAGGUAAUCCAAGUACAGGUGAAGGCAUUGAUUAUAACUCGAGAGUGCCAUAUCUGCAUGGAGUAGGAGUAAUUUCUGAUAAGCUAUACGAGUCCAUAAUAGAGCACUGCCCAGGAGAAGAUAUAACAAACCCGAGGAAUGCAGUUUGCGCCCAAGAUUUGGACAAGUUCAACCAACUAUUUGAUCAAAUUAAUGGGGCACACAUUUUAUACAAAAACUGCGAUCAUUUGUCUUCUAGACCAAUUAACCUGGCCACAGAAAGAAAGAUCCUGAAGGAGGAAACUAGAGCACUGAAAAAUCCACCACCUCAGCUACCAAUGGAUUGUCAAAACUAUGGUAGAUACUUGUUAUAUUAUUGGACAAACAAUGGCAUGACUAAGGAAAAACUUGGGAUGAAGAAGGGAACCAAACAUGAAUGGGUGAGGUGCCACGAAAAUGAUCUACCUUAUUCUAUAGACAUAAGGAGUACCAUAAAGUACCAUCGUAAUAUGACUUCAAAAGGUUAUCAUGCCUUGGUAUACAGUGGAGACCAUGAUGCUGUUAUACCAUUUCUGGGUACACAAUCUUGGAUACGAUCACUCAACUUCCCCAUUAUGGAUGAAUGGAGGGCUUGGCAUCUUGAUGGACAGUCUGCGGGAUUCACCGAAACAUACUCAAAUAACCUGACCUUCGCUACUAUAAAGGGUGGUGGACACACUGCACCAGAGUACCAACCAGAGAGAUGCCUUGCUAUGUUUAGUCGUUGGAUUUCUGGUGAGCCGCUUUGAGCAGUGUGUAUGAUUGUUCUAUGAGGUAGUGCUGGUAGCACCCAAGUGUAUGGCGGUGAUACUUGAAUGUGUCUGCAUGUGGUAAUUAAUAGUUGGUACCCAAAAGGAUGAGGGAGGUACACAUUUAAGUGAGUGUGAGAGGUUUUUGUGUUAAUCCACAAUAGUUUGUGGUUGUAUCUUGCAUUUACUAUGUAUUACAAAAGAUUGAUAUUUUUUUCUUUGCACGUUCA